AGGGCACACAAGUUACCAACAACCAACAUGGUCGUCGGCCAGGGCCUGCGGUUCGCGCUUGCAAGGGUCGUGUCCCGGCCCAAAGCCGAAGAUAAGCAGCGUGCAAAGACCAAUGGACCUACUGUUGCGUUCACAUGCCUUCAAUCGUACGCGACGGUGUCGACAACGUUCCUCGAGACUGCACAGCGAGUCGUGACGAAAUCGCGACAGCACUAUCAACCGACUCGCCUCUUGGGAAACCACGAUGAAAUUGCGUCGCAAUCCAACCACGAUUACCAGUUCACACCACACCCAUGCCCCCUGCUACGAGCCGACAUUCUCGAAGAACUGGACUGGUCGAUGGGGAUCGACGUGGACACGUCGUCCAAGACGCGGCCGUCGGUCGGCGACGCCGCCGAGCUCUUUCUUGAUCUGUGGGAAUAUCUUCUCGCGACGUGCGAGAGCAUGAUGCACACUUGUGCUGACACGUCGUCUUCCACAGUGGACUUCGUCGAAAAGAUGAAGUGGGAGAAAUCAGAGCUCGUGAUCGUCAAAAUCAUGGAACGGCGCGAAUUCAACAAGGUGUAUGAGGCCUUCCGCGCAACGGCGGAUGCUGCCGCCGUGUGCGACAACAACGCUUCAAGCUCCUCGACGACGCCGCGGCGGGCCCUCAAGAAGAAGGCGUUCCUUCAGCGCACGCAUUCAUCCAAGUCGGCUUCAGCCGCAGACGAGCCACACCUACCGUUUUCGUCCGACCCGACCCAACUUCUCACGACGUUCCUCUACCUCCUCCAUCGCACCUUGCGCUACGCAUCGCACACGGACAUCCGGUCCAUCAUGGCGUCGACGAUCUACAACUCGGUCGUUUCCAUUGCGUUCUGCCGCUUUCCCCACGCACAGACACUACUCCUGGACACGUUUGAUGCAAAGGGAUUCAAUGGAUCGACCACGGGGCCGAGGAAAGUGCCGCGGCACCACCGCCGGUCAAGCAUGGCCAAGCGGACUUUCUUUGAAGACGACAAUCCGGCGCUCUUUGGCUGGCACCUCGACGAUAUUCCCCUCGUCCAGCCGUCGUUGCGAGCGAUCGAUGAGUGCCUCUACGCCACCUUGACGCAGCUCCUGGACACAAACAUCAGCGACGCCCCUCCCGGCACGAAAUCGAUCUGCCCACCGGUGUUCCAACCGCUGGCGGAGACUUCAAAUGAACCCUACAACAAUCAGAUCGACGACCCGUCGGAGGACACUUGCGACACCUCCCAUUGCGAAGCACAGAUAUCCGACGGCGACGACUUGGUCGCGUCCACAUCCCCGACUUUGUCGCCCGUCCAUGCCCAGAGCACGCUCUGCGUCAGCAUGUUCCUCGCGCUGUGGAUAGCCAUGACGCAUCAUAUUCUCCGCACCAGCCGCGGGCACAUUCCGUGGCGAGAUAUCCCAGCGUACCGGUACCUGCACGACCGCGGCCUGCGCCUCUUCGAGAAGGCAUACACGUUGCAAACGCUGGAAUGCGACGACGACUCGAACCUCGUGCGGUUCGACUUGAUGCACCAGCGCCGGAUGAAAGUCGACACGGAUUUUCCCAUUGAAAUAUUGUACCCCCAGGUUGUGUUUGCCACGUCCACGAAAAUCAUCGGGCUCACGCAGUCCCCGUACGACUUUUUGGUGAUCCUGUUCAAGCACACAGCCAGCCCGUUUGUGCGGGCAGUGCCCCCGUGCGUCGGCCACCUCGAGAAUUGGCUCGCCGUGUUACCCAUGGACGUAUUUCAAGACCCGUCGCUGCAUCAACUCCUCGUCAAGCACGUGCGAAAGAUGCUCUUUUCCGACCGCGUCGACCGCCUCAAGUCGAUCUUGGUAUUUUUGCUGCACAGCGUCGGCCAGUUUGACAUGAACUUGCAGUCAUCUCUCCUGCAAGCGCUGCACGACGCGUUCGACCACCUCUUUCGCCACUGGUUCCGCGACGUCCGGUUCUGUUAUCAUCUCGUCCUGCUCUACUUGUUUGGGGACCGGCGGCAGAUCGGGUCUCGAUCCGAUGCGAUUCUUCUCGGGCUUGACACUGACAUUGUCGCGCUCCAGCGCCACCCGCUCUGGCUCCCCUUUGACGAACGGCUCCUGGAAGCUCUCGAAGGCUGCCGCAGUGCCACGCGGACAACUCCGUACGAUCGAACGUCCUUCAACGAGUACAUCGGCCAGCUCGAACACUACCACCAAAACGCAGAAUCCCUUCCGGAGGGAGAAGCUGUCCCUAUACCUCGAAUCAAGCUGCAGGCUCCUGCUUCACGAGGAGGUUGACGCCACAAACGAACGCAAUAGAUAAAACAACUAGGACCAUCCCUGCUCGACGAGCUCGUAACAUAACCUCACACGUAUGUGGCGAUGGCUCCACCGACCUUUCGACGCCU